GCCAUAAAAGCCCUGUUGCAACCCGCUCUCGACACCCCAUCCUCCGGCUCUCACCGCUCCAAGAGGCGCGCCGGACAGCAGAGCACCCGCCGCCCAGCCACGCCCGCCCACCAGCCUGCCACCAUGCUGGGUAGCAAGCGACUGGGGCUGUCCGGACUGACCCUCGCCCUGUCCAUGCUCGUGUGUCUGGGCGCGCUGGCCGAGGCGUACCCCUCCAAGCCUGACAACCCGGGAGAGGACGCGCCGGCGGAGGACUUGGCCAGAUACUACUCGGCGCUGCGACACUACAUCAACCUCAUCACCAGGCAGAGAUACGGAAAACGAUCUAGCCCUGAGACACUGAUUUCAGACCUCUUGAUGAGAGAAACCACAGAAAACGUUCCCAGAACUAGGCUCGAAGACCCUUCUAUGUGGUGAUGGGGAAUGAAACUUGCUCUCCGGUCUUUGCCUGUUUUUCAACCCAUACUUCAUCUUGUAAAACUAGAGUCUGCCGGUCCUCCCAAUGCAUGAAGCCCCUGUGCUCAACUCUGCAGAGUUUCCCUUUGUCGUCAUUGUAUAUAUGUGCAUUUAAAUAAAAUACCAUGCAUUCGAACGUG